AUGCCCGAAGAAGCCAUUUUCAAAACUUAUCAGGAAGUUAUAAAUGAUGUUAUUUCAAAUACGAGAGAACAUUUCGUUGAAGAUGGAGUUGAUGAUGCCAUUUUGCAAGAGCUGAAGCAACUUUGGGAAGCAAAAUUGGCCGCUACAAAGGCUGUGGACGAGAAGAGCAAAGAAACUGACAAACUUAUAGGGACGAACAAAACACUCAAGCAAGAAUCCAACAAUGGUUCCAACCUCACCAAAGAUCCCCCACCCUUGGUACAGCCUCAAUCACACCAACAGCACCCGUUACCCGAACAACUACAUCCCCAACAAUUCCAACCCCCACAAUUACAACACCAGCCAUUACACCUCCAGCAAUUACCACACCAACAAAUACAACACCAGCAGUUGCAACACCAGCAGUUACAACACCAACAGCUACAACACCAACAGUUACAACACCAGCAAAUUCCGCUUCAGCACUUUAUGGUACAGCAGCAGUUGAAUAAUAAACAAGUAGUGGGGCAAGUUCCUCCCAACAAUCACAUGCCUCAAGGUCCUAUGGGGCAAAUGUUUCCAGAGUGGAGAAGGCUUCCAAUUCAACUAACGAUUCCAUCAGCAACUGGCGAAGGCAACAGAAUUUUGUCGAUAGACGUUCCAGAAGUAUUUCUUCAUAGUCACCACUUGAAGUCUAUUCUGACAGGAGAAGUGAUAGGUACAACAAUGGGGCUUCCACUAGCAACCGCUUGUGCAUUUCUACAAGAUCAUGUUAAUGCUGCAUUUCUCAAACACCAGCAAACCUUUUUUAGUAACUUGAAUAAUAUGAAUAUGAACCCAUCUAUGUUAACGGAUGCCUCAAGAAAUGAUCAGUUUCAGAACAGAUCUCGAAAUAUUCCUCAGAGAGAUGGACCUGCGGAUUCUUUUGAUGAGGACGAAGAUACAUCUGAAGUUGCCUCCGAUAAUGACAAUGAGGAUGAUGAGGAAGGAGAUGAAAUGGAAGAAGACUGUGCUAGCAGAGCGGAAGACGACCCUCUGAAUUCUGGGGAUGAUGUGUCGGAUGCUGAUGGAACAGAAGAAUCAUUCGAUACUGAAAAUGUGAUAGUAUGCCAAUUUGAUAAGGUAGAUAACAAGGAGUAGGAACCGAUGGAGAUUUCAUUUGAAAGAUGGCAUAAUGAAUUUAAAAGGGAAAGAUUUCAUUUUCACGAAGGCAAAUGGUGACGCAGAAUGGUAGCUUUAGAAAGACUGUUGAUAUAUUUGUUGUUCUUAUAUUUAUCGUUGUUUUUGUGUUGAUAUUAUAAAUUUUUACAAUGGCAUAAAAAAUUAUGUAUCUCAAUAGUGUAUAAAAGAAUGUUACCUAAUUAGAUGUAGAAGUGAGUAAAUGUACUUCGCCUUUUAUGAUUUCAUCUCAUAUAGGUAACACGUUGGGCAUUAUAAAAGAUGUUUCUUUGUGA